UACAAGAGAACACUGUCUCUCCCCAAACCAGGUGAAAAUACGCGCAUUUUACGCACGGCCGGUAGUCUUCUAAAGUCUGUCGGUGAAUGAUCGGUUUUCUCUGGCACGCACUCCAUCCUCUGCGUAACGCGCCGCGCUUUAAAUCGGAUUUCAGCGCAUUUUAAGCAGCUUGUCCCUUCUCAACUUGAAGCCAAAUAAGGAUGGAGUGAUGGAGGGAUGGUGUUGGAUGAAUAUCUGGCAUCACCGCUGACUCCGAGCCGCUGAAGAGGACUGAAACUCGACCUCCAGCUCCUAAUCUGCAGAUUUACAGCGGGAUAUAUAGCUAGAUCACAGCGAACACGAAGCGGAUGCUGGAAACGCGCACUCACGAACACCUGGCCAGACGUCUCACCUCGUUUCAGUCGGUACUGUUGGAUUGCGGAGCCAUGGUGGAGCACAGCGGGCCCGAUAUCAAAUUCGUGAACAAGCACUGUCCCAGUUCGUCGUCGUCUUCGUCUUCAACAUCCUCCUCAUCAUCUUCCUCAUCAUCUUCGUCUUCCUCGGCGCGCGAGAUGAAGAUUUUGGCCACGCUGCGCGGCAGCCUGAGUCGGAAGUACCCGCAGAAGAACGGCGAGGUGCUGAGCGCGCAGUACGGCAUCAACCUGCUGCUGGUCGGGCUCGCGCUCAUGCUCGCGUUCGCGUACCAAGGACCGACGGUGACCGAGGAGACGGUGCUGGCCUUCCUCUCCACGCUCAUGCUCAUGCAGCUGCUGUGGAUGAUCUGCUACGUGGCGCGCCUGGAGCGCAAGCGCAGUGCGCCGCCGGAGAGAGACGCGGACGCGGCCACCAGCUGGAUCCGAGGUGGUCUAACUCUGCUCGCUCUGCUCACACUCAUCACUGAUGCUUUCCGUGUCGGGAAUUUUGUGGGUUAUCAGGAUUGUGUGUCUUCCAUGCUUGGUGUCUACCCAGUCGUACAUGCACUUCACACAGUGUCACAGGUACAUUUUCUCUGGUUUCACGUUAAAGAUGUCAUCAAGCACUCAGAAACAUUUGAGAGGUUUGGCGUGAUUCAUGCUGUAUUCACUAACCUGCUGAUUUGGACUAAUGGAGUGAUGACCGAAGCCGAACAUGCUCUCAGUGACCACCAGAGGCGAUUGUCAGCAGUCGGAUAUUUCAACUUCACUGUCUGGGAGGGUGAAGUGCCUAACUGUAACUGUACGACCAGUGCGUGUUCGAUGUUCAGCAGCAGUCUGUACUAUCUCUGUCCUUUCAACAUUGAGUACCACAUCUUUGUCUCUGUGAUGCUUUUCGUCAUGUGGAAAAAUGUUGGUCGCACUAUCAACAAACACACCAAUCAUAAGCCUGAGAAAAUUUUACCUUUUAAAAACUCGGGAACCAGACCUUUCCUGCUGCUUGGCCUGGCCCUUGGGCUCUUGGCACUUGCCAGUGCCAUCACAGUGCUCAUCAUCUACAUCCUCCGUGUGGAGGAAUCACUGAAAGCACGCCAUGAAGCCAUCUCCAUGUUCUACUGGUUUGGAAUCUCCAUUUUGGCAUGCAUGAGUGUCGCCGCUGCUGUCGGCUUGGUCAUAUACCGCCUCGAGGAUUGCCCCAUGGACACGGCGCCAAAUCCAGCCAGGACACUCGAUUCGAAGCUGCUGCUCGGCUCUUCCAUCGGCUCCUGGCUUGUCUGCUGGUGUAGCGUCAUCGCAGUGAGUGGGGCCAAAAAGUCCCCAAUCUACCGAUGGGCCAAUUUAGGAUAUGCCAUACUCUUAGUUUUGGAGAAGUGCGUGCAAAAUCUUUUCGUUGUCGAGUCCCUUUACAGGAGACGUCGUGAACCUGAAGAGCAGCCUGCCCUUAGUGCCAACCAUAACUCCAUCUUAAGCCCGAGCCAAGGAAAUGAAAAAAUCUUUGCUGUUUAUGAUGGCAUCAUUAAUCAUGCUUAUGAGCCACCAGAUAAGCAGUGUGAGAAUGAAAAGCAAACUUACAUUAGGACCAACGGGAAUGUGCCGCACUCUGUUGGACACAGAAUCCCAGAGUCGCCAAACAGAAAAAGGCAGAUCCUAAAAAACAUCGCCAUCUUCCUGUUUAUGUGCAACAUUUCGCUCUGGAUCCUACCUGCAUUUGGAUGCCGGCCACAGUUUGAUAACGGUUUGGAGGAAGCCUCAUUUGGAUUCCCCAUCUGGAGCACGGUGCUGAAUUUUGCCCUUCCCAUGAGCCUCUUCUACCGUAUGCACUCGGUUGCCGUUCUCUUCGAAAUUUUUAGAAAAAUAUAAAUACCACUUUGGUACCUGUGUGGUCUGUCUCUUUUGCACACAGUAAUGAUGAUUCCUUAUAUUAAGUUCUCGGAACCAGCGUUACCUUUUUUUUUUUCACUUCCAUUUUGAUUGCACAGAAGAA